UGUCCCAGCCUCCUUUGCGGGUAAACAGACAUGGCCGGCGAAGGAGAUCAGCAGGACGCUGCGCACAACAUGGGCAAUCACCUGCCGCUCUUGCCUGCAGAGAGUGAGGAAGAAGAUGAAAUGGAAGUUGAAGACCAGGAUAGUAAAGAAGCCAAAAAACCAAACAUCAUAAAUUUUGACACCAGUCUGCCAACAUCACAUACAUACCUAGGCGCUGAUAUGGAAGAAUUUCAUGGCAGGACUUUGCACGAUGACGACAGCUGUCAGGUGAUUCCAGUUCUGCCACAGGUGAUGAUGAUCCUGAUUCCCGGACAGACAUUGCCUCUUCAGCUUUUUCACCCUCAAGAAGUCAGUAUGGUGCGGAAUUUAAUUCAGAAAGAUAGAACCUUUGCUGUUCUUGCAUACAGCAAUAUACAGGAAAGGGAAGCACAGUUUGGAACAACAGCAGAGAUAUAUGCCUAUCGAGAAGAACAGGAUUUUGGAAUUGAGAUAGUGAAAGUGAAAGCAAUUGGAAGACAAAGGUUCAAAGUCCUUGAGCUAAGAACACAGUCAGAUGGAAUCCAGCAAGCUAAAGUGCAAAUUCUUCCCGAAUGUGUGUUGCCUUCAACCAUGUCUGCAGUUCAGUUAGAAUCCCUCAAUAAGUGCCAGAUAUUUCCUUCAAAACCUGUCUCAAGGGAAGACCAGUGUUCAUAUAAAUGGUGGCAGAAAUACCAGAAGAGAAAGUUUCAUUGUGCAAAUCUAACUUCAUGGCCUCGCUGGCUAUAUUCCUUAUAUGAUGCUGAAACCUUAAUGGACAGAAUCAAGAAACAGCUACGUGAAUGGGAUGAAAAUCUAAAAGAUGAUUCUCUUCCUUCAAAUCCAAUAGAUUUUUCUUACAGAGUAGCUGCUUGUCUUCCUAUUGAUGAUGUAUUGAGAAUUCAGCUCCUUAAAAUUGGCAGUGCUAUCCAACGACUUCGCUGUGAAUUAGACAUUAUGAAUAAAUGUACUUCCCUUUGCUGUAAACAAUGUCAAGAAACAGAAAUAACAACCAAAAAUGAAAUAUUCAGUUUAUCCUUAUGUGGGCCGAUGGCAGCUUAUGUGAAUCCUCAUGGAUAUGUGCAUGAGACACUUACUGUGUAUAAGGCUUGCAACUUGAAUCUGAUAGGCCGGCCUUCUACGGAACACAGCUGGUUUCCUGGGUACGCCUGGACUGUUGCCCAGUGUAAGAUCUGUGCAAGCCAUAUUGGAUGGAAGUUUACGGCCACCAAAAAAGACAUGUCACCUCAAAAAUUUUGGGGCUUAACGCGAUCUGCUCUGUUGCCCACGAUCCCAGACACCGAAGAUGAAAUAAGUCCAGACAAAGUAAUACUUUGCUUGUAAACAGAUGUGGUAGAGAUAAAGUUAUCUAACAAAUUGGUUAUAUUCUAAAAUCAGAUCUGCUUUGGAAAUUAUUGCGUCUGAUACAUACAUAAGUAAACACAACAUUACUUGGAGGGUUGCAGUUUCUAAGUAUACUUUUGGAGAGCAUGAACAGCAGUCUAGAAUACUAGAAACAUCUACUUGGGUAGCUUGGUACCAUUAUCCUGUGGAAUCUGAUAUGUCUGGCAGCAUGUCAUAGAUGGGACAUGAAGACAUGUUUGGAAAUGAGAUUAUUUCCUGAGUAAAAAAAAUCUUAAAUUCCUACAAUGUGAAACGAAUUAUUUGAUCCUGACGUAUGGGACAGCAUAUCUGUACCAGUGCUCUAAAUGACAAAAGCUAGGGUGACAAGUACAUGUUCCUUUUUGAAAGAAGCAAGGCAAUGUAUAUUAUUCUAAAAGGGCUUUGUUCCUUUCCAUUUUCUUUCUUUAGCUUCUCUGAGAUACUGAUUUGUAAAUUUUGGAAAUUAGUUAAAAUAUGCAGUUUUUUGAGCCCACGAAUAGUUGUCAUUUCCUUUAUGUGCCUGUUAGUAAAACAUAGUAUUGUGUAUUUGCUCAGUAUUUGGACUGUAAGCCCAUUUAUACUGUUCCAUACAAAAGCUAUUUUUCAAAAAUUAAUUUGAACCAAAACUACUAUUAUAGGGAAAAGAUGCCAAAACAUGUCCCCUCACACAGGCUACACAUGAUACUGUAUUUUGUUCAAUGUAAAUUGAAGAAAAUCUGUAAGUAAACCUUAAAUGUGAAAC